CCAAGGCGGAAGAAGGCAACAAGACGGCGCACCACAACUCCACUCACUGCUUGUCGCUGUGCUUGCUUGGCUGUGGUUGGGGGAUGGGAUGGCGAGCCAUGACCGAGACGGUGCUGGUCACAGAACUGGCACUGCCGCGGUGACUGACAGCAGUUCACAGCAUAGAACCGCCGCCGAUGACACUGCAUUCCCUACCUCAUGGGAAAGCCGCAUACCCCAACUGUCUGAACCACUGCAACAACAACAACAGAGACAACAACAACGACCGCACCAACAACCGCUGCAAGCAGAAGAUGAUGAUGAAGCAGCUGUGGACGCAGCCGCAUUGUUGCAGCUGAUCCGCGCCAAGCACAACCUUGGCACAACUAUCACAACACCAGACGACCCAAAGAACUCUAGCAAUGCCACUGCUGCACGCAACCAAUCAGCUGCACGACCGGGCACAACAAAAUCACCAAUCACAAGCACGCCUACACCACCCACAGGAACACCAACAGCAGCUGCGAGGAAGACAAGCCCAAGCCCAAGCCCAAGCCCAAUGUCGCCUGAAGCAGGCUCUUCGCUCCUAUCGGCGGCAGCGCACGAGCUGCGGCUGAGCCAAGAAACGACCGAGUGGAGGCGGGGCAUCCGCGCCCAGGUGUUCCACAGACACAUGAUGCUGCGGCGAUGCUGGGAUCGCUGGCUGCGACUGCGGCCGCAACGGCGCCAGGACCUGGCAAACUACGCCGUGGCCAACAGCUUCCGUGAUGCCCUGCUCAUGAAGCAAGCCUUUGAGCUGUGGCGCCAGCGGCAGCAGCUGCUCCGCCAGCGCCAGGCGGACGGCCAUGCCGCGAACGCCUUCCAUCGCUCCAUGCAGAUGCACGCUGCACUGCGCCUUUGGCAGCGCCGACUACACCUCGUCGCUGAGCUACGACGCCUGGAGCAAGCCAGCCACCCCCACAUGGAUGCGGUGCGAGCGCGUGCAGCCCUGCAGCGCUGGUGGUGCACGUGUGCAAAGAAGCGCCUUCUUGCCGAGCGAGCCGCCACCCUGCAGCCCAUCGCUGCUCGCCUGCGUGCGCACCAGCACCUGCAACGGUGGCGAGCGCGCCUGGCAGCUGUUCGUCACCUGUACUCGCGCCUCGCGUCGUACACCUUCGACAGGACAGUUCAUUGCCAGCGCCGCCACCUGCACCUUUGGAGGGCGCACGCUGCCCAUCAGCAGCGCGUGCGCGCAAUGUCAAACACGGCACUGCAGCUACACCGCCGGCAUGUGUGCCGCAACACCAUGUCACGCUGGCGGACAACACUGCAGCUUGUGCAGACAGAUGCACGCAUGACGGCAGAUUUCCACACCCGCGUGCGGGCGCCGCUGCUGCUCCUGCGAACGCUCCAUGCAAUGCGCGUGCGUGCACAUCACGCUCGGCAGUCACGCGAGCGCGAACACGCGGCUUAUGCGCACAGGCGCCACAACCUCCUCUCAACAGCGCUAGCGGCGUGGCGGCUGGCGCACGACCAACAAGAGGCCAUUGCCAUGCAGCCACGCGUCAUCACCGCCAUCAGGCACCACCAGCGCUCCACCCUCACGCGUACGUGGCUGGCGUGGCACAAAGCACUGACAACAGCACGACGCAUCGCCCCGCUGUCGGCAAUUGCAGACCAUCACUGGCGCAUGAAGGCGGUGCCAACCUGCCUCGCGCACUGGCGAACACUGACAAAGGAAAGGCGCCACGCACGCGCACUGGACAGGGCGUCCACCGCGUUUCGAUGGCGUCAUGUGCAAAGCGCCGCGCUUGACCGUUGGAGAGAGCGCGCGCGCGGGCGAAUGAAGGAGAGGGAGCUCCUGCCAGACGCCGAUGCGUUGCUUGCAGGCACGGUGCUCGUUCGCGCAUUUCGCACGUGGCGCAGCCACUGGCAGCAGCAACGCGUGCGAGCGGCACAGGUGGAGGUGGCGGCGUGCCAGCAUGAAGGGUGGCUGGUGUGGUCGGCGUGGCGGCGUUGGCACGGCGCGUGGAGGCAACAGCUGCAGCUCCAACACGUGUACACAUGCGCAGCGGCUGCACACGAGCGGUGGGCGGUGGCUGUGGCGUGGCGGCGGUGGCAGGGGAGGUUUCAGCAUCGACAGCACAUUGCCAGCGUGGCCGUGCACGUGACGAGACAGCAGCAGCAGCGCCUUGAGAGCCGGGUGUGGGACAGGUGGCGCGCGCUCACUGCACACAUGCGCACGCAGCGACUGUCAACACGCCGUGCAAUGCAGCAGAGGCACCUGCAGCUGCAGCGGCGAUAUCUGCAUUUGUGGCGUGCGCGGUGCAACGCAGCACGGCAGGCAGCCGGCCACCACAACGCCGCCGUGAUGAGAACGGCAUUGCGUCGCAUGCAAUCUGCACUUGCGCACACGCGCGCGAAGCAGCAGGCACUGGCACGUGCUUGCGAGCAACACACGCGUGCACGGGACUGGAAGCGGUUGGCAUCGUGUUUGAAUGCAUGGCGGCGUGGGCGUGUAUUACAAGCACAUGCGCGCGCAAAGUGGGAACGCAGCUGUGCACACGAUCGCCAGCGUCUCCUGCGGCGGAGCGUGGAUAGGCGAAAGAUUGGACUGCGUGUCGGACGCAGCGGGCCGUCUUUCGCAUCUGGCGGCAACGCUGGCUACAGCAACAGCGCAUUCACUGUGUACAUGGAGCGGCUUGCGCUGUCCAUGUGGGCAUUUCGGCUCCAACGCAAAUAUUUCGCGCGCCUGGUACAGUCGUACCACUGCCACCGGCACCACGCCGCGCUGCGACAGCGGGUGCUCGAGUGGCGGACAGCACAGCUGCAGCGCAUUGGACUUCAGCACAUCGUCCAGUUGGCCGAUACACGGGCGCGUGCGAUUGACGCUCGUGUUGUUGCCGAGGGCGGGCGACGGGAGCAGCGGCGGCACCACCUCAUGCGCUGGGCAGUAUACAGAUGGCGGGCAUUUGUUGGCCGUGCCCGCCACCGCCGGGCAGUUUGGAGACAAGGCAGAAGACAUGGUGCGACGGGUGAGAAUGGGAGCUGCGCCCGUGUGUGGAUGUGGGCUGGGGCAGGUGGUCGCGCCGGUGGUAGUGUGCUCCAUGAGCACUCUGAAGGCGAGCGUGAUGCCGGUCGUGUUGGUACCGAUGGUGGUGGUGAUGGUGGUGGUGAUCGAAGUGAUGAUGGCGAUGGCGAUGGGAGUGGACGGUGGGAUGAGGCCGUGCCAAUGCGUCUCUCGCCGGUGUUGAGGCGAGCGCGGAUGAAGAAGACAGCGAUAGCAAGAGGCAUGCCAGGCCGUGGCGGGAAUCAGGUGUCAACACCACCAAUGCCGCCAUUAUGGCCAAACGCGCUCGCCUCACAUCAGCAGCACCUGCCCAUGCAUGGGGGAUUAAGAGCGACAUCGACUGGGGCUCCUGGGGAUGUUGCGAACACAACGGCGAUGAAGCACGACCUCACGCGGAAUGCCGUGGCCACUUUGGGUGUUGGUGCUUGCGGUACUGCGAGAGGGCGAGAGCAAGAUGUGCAGACGGCCCUGGUGAAGAUGAGGCAGAUACUACAGCAUGGCGUGGACCUUCGUCUGGAGAUUGCCAGUCUUCAGGAUCUCCUUGAUGUCGAGGCAGACUGCAGAGACCGCGGAGAGAUUGAGGCCAUUCUCCGACAGAAGCAGGGGCAGCUCAAGCGUGUGCUGUUGCUGUGCACCAGGUGGCGGCAACAACAACAACUCCACGUCCACAACAGCGUAGAGUCAGAAUAG